AUGUCGUCGGCCGGUAUUGCUGCUCUUACACCGGCUCAUAGUGAGCCCAUGUUUUCGCAAUCGUGUCUGUCAUCAAAUGAGUCGAUUAUGAUAUUACUCUCUGUUUCUGGAUCAACUACUCCCAUGAGUGUUUUGAAAUCUGACUCUAUUGAGUCAGUUAAGUUUAGGAUCCAAACCUAUAAAGGGUUUGUUGCUAAGAAGCAGAAGUUAGUUUGUGGAGGUAGGGAACUGGCUAGGAGCGAUUCCAUACUCCGGGAAUAUGGGGUAACAGAUGGAAAUGUUUUACAUUUGGUUCUUAGGCUUUCUGACCUUCAGGAGAUCAAUGUUCGAACUACUUGUGGGAAAGAAUUUACUUUCCACGUGGAACGUGGUAAAGAUGUUGGGUAUGUGAAACAAAAGAUCGCCAAGAAGAGUAAAGAGUUUGUUGAUCUAGAAGAGCAAGAAGUUGUGUGUGAUGGAAAACUACUCAAGGAUCAGAGACUUAUUGAUGACAUAUGUAAACAUAAUGAUGCUGUCUUACAUUUGUUGAUUCGGAAGUCAGCAAAAGUUCGGGUCAGACCAGUUGAGAAGAACUUUGAAUUGUCUGUUGUGGCAUCACAUUUGAAUGAUGGGAAAAGUUAUGAAGUUGAUGGAGAUAAUGUGAAGCGACAAUAUGAUGUCGGUGAGCAAGACUUUAGGAGAGGUUAUGAAGUUGAUGAAGAAGUUGUGCCAAGAAAACCUCCUGACAGGGAUUUUUUGUUCGAGCCUGUCAUUGUUAACCCCAAGAUUGAAUUACCAUCCCUGAUUUGGGAUAUGGUUAAUGAAACAUCUAACGGAUUAGAUAGUGGGAGUUAUCCAAUCAGGUCCAUGGACGGUACAGGAGGAGCGUAUUUUAUGCUCGACUCAACAGGACAAAAGUAUGUAUCUGUUUUUAAGCCGAUUGAUGAGGAGCCUAUGGCUCUAAACAAUCCGAGGGGGCUUCCUUUGUCACUUGAUGGGGAAGGAUUGAAAAAGGGAACAAUAGUUGGAGAAGGAGCAUUCAGGGAAGUUGCAGCUUACCUUUUGGAUCACCCAAAGGGUGGGCAUCGCAUGCUGUCUGGUAAUGCAAAGGGCUUUGCUGGGGUCCCCCCAACAUUUAUAGUCAAGUGCUUUCAUAGUGCAUUCAACCAUCCCAAGGAUGCAAUUGUCAAGAUUGGGUCCUUGCAGAAGUUCAUGGAGAAUAAUGGAAGUUGCGAGGACAUGGGCCCUGCCACUUUCCCAGUUGAGGAAGUCCAUAAAAUUUCUGUUUUGGAUAUUAGAUUGGCAAAUGCGGAUAGGCAUGCUGGAAAUAUAUUGCUGAGCAAGGAGGGUGAAGGUAGCCAGACUGUGCUGAUUCCAAUUGAUCACGGGUACUGCUUGCCCGAAAGUUUUGAAGACAUUACAUUUGACUGGCUGUACUGGCCACAAGCACGCAAGCCUUAUGCCGAUGAGGUCAUUGAUUACAUAAAAUCACUGGAUGCAGAGGAAGAUAUCGCCCUUUUGAAGUUCCAUGGAUGGAACAUGCCGCUUAAAUGUGCUCGAACACUUCGCAUUUCAACUAUGCUUCUGAAGAAAGGGGUAGAGAGGCGGCUCUCUCCCUUUGCCAUAGGAAGCAUAAUGUGCAGGAAGACCUUGAACAAGGAAUCCGUCAUUGAGGAGAUAGUGCAAGAAGCGGAGGAUUCUGUGCUUCCCGAUUCAAGCGAAGAUGCUUUUCUUGAGACUAUAUCUGAAAUCAUGGAUUGUCGCCUUGAUGAGAUUGCUAGAUCACCUUCUUGA